AUGGCGCUUGUUGCGCAGGUACAAGGCCUCCUGUUGGCCUGGAUCGCGAGUGGCGUAGCGGAUGCAGCGGCCGGGGUCAGAAAGAAGAAAACAUGGGCUGACGAAGGACCAAAAGAAGAUGGAGCAGAGGAAGAGCAAUGUCUGUUGUCAAUCAAUGUUAUUGUUGUCCAUGGUAUUCCAUAUUUGAUAUCCGUAAUGCUAGAACCAGAAUAUGUAUGCUGA